CACAAGCGACAUCAAUGGCAGCCGUGGUAAUGCACAUGUCUGCGAGCUGAAUAACAUUUACACCGGCGGGACCGAGAGAGGAGGACAAACAGACAAAGAAUGUCUCGCCACAGAAAUGUUCGAGGUUACAACUACGACGAAGAUUUUGAAGAUGAUGACAUGUAUGGACAGUCUGUGGAUGACGACUACUGUAUAUCACCAGCAACGGCCAAUCAGUUCAUCUACUCACGUCAAGAGAGACAAGCACCAAAAGAGGAGCCUUUAGAGGAGGAAGAAGAUGAAGCUGGGGAUAUUCCCAUGUCCCCUACUGUUGACCACAACUUUGACCCUCUUGAUCAAGCAAAGCUUUAUUCCUGCCUGGACUACAUGCGGACCGUGCUGGGGGAUGCGGUGCCAGACUCGGUCCUGACCCAGGCAGCUGUCAGGCAUGGGUUUGACCCACAGAAGGCACUGAAUUCAGUACUAUCUGAAGACACCAAGACAGCCCUGGUCACCAGAAGUGCAAAUGAAGAGAUUGGCAGAGUUAGUCAAGAGAAGAGGCCUCUUCCAGAAAGAACCAAACAGGAGACCGUGGCUGAGAAAGCUAAAAGCAGAGAUGUGUCUCACAAUAAACUGGAUUCUGAAGUUGUACCCAAAGUGGCCCGCAUGACCGUUACUGGAAAGAAGCAGACGAUGGGAUUUGACGUUCCUGGCACCGGGGAGAACGGCCCCGUCGUCCCUUCUGUGCGACGAGGCGGCAGCCCAGAAAACGCUGCUGCUCCCGAGUCCGCCUCGAAACGUCCCGAGACACCAUCUAAAGGACCAAACGUGGACGAGUUCUCCGCUAGUGCCACGCCGGGGCGCUCCUCUGGGAAAACCCGGCAGGCGAUCAACAUCAAGGCAGAACUAGAGAAGAGACAAGGGGGAAAACCUCUGUUAAAUUUGGUAGUUAUAGGUCAUGUGGACGCAGGUAAGAGCACGCUGAUGGGCCACCUCCUUUAUCUGCUGGGUAAUGUCAACAAGCGCACCAUGCACAAAUACGAGCAGGAGUCAAAAAAGGCGGGAAAAGCCUCCUUUGCCUAUGCCUGGGUUCUUGAUGAAACUGGCGAGGAGAGGGACAGAGGUGUGACAAUGGACGUUGGCAUGACUAAGUUUGAGACGGACUCUAAGGUGGUGACCCUGAUGGAUGCACCGGGCCACAAAGACUUCAUUCCCAACAUGAUAACGGGCGCUGCACAGGCGGAUGUGGCGGUGCUGGUGGUGGACGCCAGCAGAGGAGAGUUUGAGGCUGGCUUCGAGGCCGGUGGUCAGACCAGAGAGCACGCUCUGCUGGUGCGUUCCCUGGGCGUCACUCAGUUGGCUGUAGCUGUCAACAAGAUGGACCAGGAGUCGGAUGUUUUCUUUGUCCCCACCAGUGGCCUAUCGGGAGAAAACCUGACUGUCAGGAGUUCAGUAGCAGAACUCAGGUCUUGGUACAGUGGAGCCAGCCUGCUGGAGCAGAUCGAUUUAUUCAAAGCCCCUCAGAGGUCCAUAGACAAACCCUUCAGACUGUGCGUCUCAGACGUGUUCAAAGACCAGGGCUCAGGCUUCUGUGUUACAGGGAAGAUCGAGGCGGGUUCUGUUCAGACUGGAGACAAAAUACUGGCAAUGCCCCCGAAUGAAACUUGCACUGUUAAAGGAAUCACUCUCCAUGAUGAGGCUCUGGACUGGGCUGCAGCAGGAGAUCAUGUCAGCCUCACUGUCACCGGCAUGGACAUCAUUAAGAUAAACGUCGGCUGUGUGUUCUGCCAUCCGAAAGAGCCGAUUCGUGUCUGUACUCGAUUUAAAGCCAGAAUUCUCCUCUUCAACAUUGAGGUUCCCAUCACACAAGGCUUUCCUGUGCUGCUUCAUUACCAGACGGUCAGCGAGCCGGCCACCAUCAGAAAACUGAUCAGUGUUCUGCACAAGAGCAGCGGUGAGGUCCUUAAGAAGAAACCAAAGUGUUUGAGUAAAGGUAUGAAUGCCAUCGUGGAGAUCCAGACCCAGAGGCCGGUGUCGUUAGAGCUGUACAAGGAUUACAAAGAGCUGGGCCGCUUCAUGCUGCGAUACGUGGGCUCCACCAUCGCUGCAGGGGUCGUCACAGAGAUCAAAGAAUGAAGGUCCUCUCUGCCAACACAGAGCAUGUCAAACUUUGCCACAAACAGAACAAAUCCCCCAGGAGAUCCCACUCGUGGAACCAGAGCUUCGUUUUUUUUCUCUCCAUCCGGUCCUCGGUGUAACCCGACUGCUUCACCUAACACUAACUUCACAAACACCAACCUUGUCUCUGAUUACCCAAGAUCAAACUUAAAAAAAAAUCCUCCUCAAA